GAGGCAGAAGACCAUACAGGUGGACGCUACAGUGUUUACAUGUAUCAGCAUGCUCUCCAGGGCCAUGGGGCCCAGCAUCCAGCCUGACAUCAAGGAGCUUCUGGAGCCCAUGUUGGCUGUGGGCCUCAGUCCGGCACUUACCGCAGUGCUGUAUGACCUGAGCCGUCAAAUCCCUCAGUUGAAGAAAGAUAUCCAGGAUGGUUUGCUGAAAAUGCUCUCCCUGGUGCUAAUGCACAAGCCUCUGCGUCACCCUGGGAUGCCCAAAGGUCUGGCUCACCAGCUGGCCUCCCCCAGCCUCACAAACAUUCCUGAGGCCAGCGAUGUGGGCAGCAUCACCCUGGCCCUGCGCACGCUGGGAAGCUUUGAAUUUGAAGGUAGGAAACUCA